AUGGCGCUGUGGCGCCAAGUCACUAGUGCCGAUGAGGAAAUUUUGCUUUGUACCUUCGAUGCCCGGGCGGGUUUGGUGGGAGAGGAAUCCGUGCGCGAGCAGGACUGUGGCGCUGAGGACGAUCAAGUGCAGUGUGUUGAAAGCAUUGAAUGUGAAAUAAGCAAUGAGAAAAAACAUGCGUACAUUCGCUGCUUCUUUUGCUGCGAAUUAGACGAUUAG